CAAAUCACCACUCCCAUUUCUCUCCAUCUCACAUUUCUCUCCAACAAUGGUUCAUCAAAGAGCACUCCCUCUCGUUCUUCUGUCUUCGAUCCCACUAUUCUUCGUUCUUUUUCCUCAAACAAUCCAAGCUCAAUCUCCAACAGCACCAGCUCCAGCACCCACAGGACCAAUUGACAUCUUUGCAAUCCUCAAAAAACCAGGACAAUACAACACAUUCAUUAAAUUCCUUAAUGAUACACAAGUUGGAAGCCAAAUCAACAACCAAGUCAACAAUUCCAACCAAGGCAUGACAGUUUUUGCACCAUCAGACAAUGCUUUUAACAACCUCCCAAGUGGGACCCUCAACAAACUAAAUGACCAACAAAAGGUCCAGCUCAUUCAGUACCAUGUUAUCCCAAAAUUCUACACAUUUGAUGACUUACAAACAGUGAGCAACCCUGUUAGGACACAAGCAACAGGACAAAAAGGUGAGCCUUUUGGACUUAACUUCACUGGACAGAACAAUCAAGUGAAUGUCUCAUCUGGUGCUGUGGAAACAAAUGUGUAUAAUGCUAUAAGGAAAGACCCUCCAUUGGCUGUUUACCAAUUGGAUAAAGUUUUAAUUCCUGUGGAAUUUACUAAUGCUAAAAGUCCAUCUACUGAUGAUGCACCUGCACCUGCUGGUGGUUCUACCAAGAAAGGUACUGAUGCUGAUAAUACUACAGCUAAAGAGCCAUCUCCAACAACUCCAAAUGAUGCUAAGAGGUUCAAUGUUGGAAUUCUUGGUUUGGUUUCUGGAGUUUUCUUGAUGGGAGCACUUUCUUGAGGGGCAAACUAUAAUUAUCUUUUGCUUAUAAAAAUUAAUUCUUGACUACUUGUACUCCAACUUUUUUUUUUUUUUACAUUGUUUCUUCAAGUUUGAUUGGUGUUUGUUAAUUUUAUGAUUUCAUUCUUUUCUGCUGUAAUUUCUUCGUCAUAUAAAUAUUACAGUUGGACAA